AUUUUAUUCUUCCGCUGGUCGCCGCUGGUCGUUUUAUACUACUGUAAUAUCUAUUCUCGCUCUUUAUACACCAGCUUUUUCCAUACCAAGCAACAAGCCAAGCAAUAAUCGCCAAAAUGGUCAGUUAUCGAAUGAUUGCCGUUGCCGGCUUCUUAGCUAGCGUCAGCGCCCUUCCUUUGAACAUCAACCUUGGCGCAUAUUCCCCCGCAUUGGUAGUCGGUGAUGGAGAGAUUUCAUUCGGCGGGGGCCAAGAUGUAACGAACUUGAUGAACGCAUUGGAGGGUGCUGCAGUCAACGCUGCCACUGGAACUACCAGGAACGCUGCUGCUGCGUCUGCAGCCGGUACCGAAAAUGUCGCUGCUGCCGCUACUCCUGCUGCCGCGGAUACUGUUGUAGCCGCCCAAAGCAACAACGUCGCUGCCGCCGCCGCUACUCCCGUAGCCUCUGAGACCGCCAAAGCCCCCGUUGCGUCCGCCGCUACUACUUCUAACGUAGACCCGAACUUGCAACAGCAAGCUACUCAAAUUUCCGGCCUCCAGGGUAUGGGAAAGGAGAUCGCUCCCCGUGACGAUGAGGCCCCCAAGGCCAAGCGCGACCUAGCCGGCUUCGACCGAGCUCUCAAAUUUGCCGAGGCGGCGUUGACCAAGGGUCCUACCAUCCAGCUCGGCACUGGCGAGGGUGGUGCUGGUGUUGGUAUUAUUGUUGACAACAACGGCCGCAAGGUCGGUGAGGCUGCCAAGCGUGAUGUGUCUUCCGCGCAGCCACGCCGACGCACCAAGGUCACGCGCAUGUAUGUCAAGCGCGGUGUCCCUGCCACUAUCCAGACGUCUAGUGAAUUCGAGACCCGCUCCGUGGAAUCUCUCCCCGUUGUGAAUCUUCCAGCUGUGGCCAAGCGACAGAGCUCGACUUCAAACGACGUCAUCGAUUCUAUCAACCUAAACGUCGACGACCAGCAAGGAUUUACGAUGACUUUCGUCGAGACAACAGAAGAUGCCGAUGAUGCCGCGAUAGAUGAGACAGAAGAGUAAGGAACGAACGAAUAAUAAAAACGAUCGGCGAAUAUCGAUAAUUAUUACCUUAUUACCUAGUAUAACACUCUAUCUGCUUUCUGUACCAAAAAGGCAUUUUCAUCAUCGUCGUUUUCUUGAUACCAUUUUCGGGAGUAUGGGGGCAGGGGACUGACGGUUGGGACGAUCCAUUUACAUAUUACGUGCGGCAUAUUUUCUUAGCAUCUGUGGUCACGGUGAUCUCUCUUGGAGCGAUUGUCUUGGCUUAUAAAAUCUACGGUAGUCAGUAGUAUAAACAAUUCAACGACCGGCCUGUUUAUUUCGGGCUGAGACCGGACGAAAUGAUAUUC